AUCGCUGACGAGAGAGAAAGUGCGCGAAGGAAGGCCAUGGCGCAGUCGUUCAAGGCGCUCGCCGCAAUUGGAAUCGAGGGCGUGGUGAUGGAGGUCUGGUGGGGGCUCCUCGAGAGUGAUUCCCCUGGGGCUUACAAUUGGCGGGGCUAUGUGGAGAUCGUCUCGCUCGCCCGGCGCUGCGCGCGGCUUGAAGGUGCGAGCUGUCAUGGCGUUUCAUCAGUGUGGCUCGGGGCCUGGUGAUCCUUCCUGGUUUCAGGCUCGAGAAAGGGGUGCCUGUUUUUUUCCAUGGAGAAACAAAUCACUUGGCUUGUUAUUCUUCAAUGGUGGUUGUUUGAUUCUUCUUUCAUCAUAGUCACAAUGUUGUCGUCAGUAAUUGGUUGCUAGUCUUAGAGGAUCUAUAAGUAGUUUUCAAGAGCAGGCAAGUUACAAAUCCAAAGUUCCGUCAGUGGCAUCACCUUACAAGCUUUGUCAGGGUUUUAACCUUCAAAUGUCUCUUUCAAGUCCACUUAAGGUAGAUGGUGGAUCAAACAUUGAGAACUUGGGCUUGCAAAACAUUCAAGCUCGAAUUAGAAUGGUGCUAGCAUUUAUGUUAGCAUCACUCAUGCCUUGGGUUCACAGCAAACCAGGUUUUUAUUUGGUUUUAGGUAGCUCCAACGUGGAUGAAGGAUUGCGUGGCUAUCUAACAAAGUAUGAUUGCAGCGCAGCAGAUAUAAAUCCAAUUGGAAGUAUUAGUAAGCAGGAUCUUUGCAGAUUUCUGCGUUGGGCUGCUGGUCAUCUUGGUUACGCAUCUUUAGCAGAAAUUGAAGCAGCUCCCCCCACUGCUGAAUUGGAGCCAAUACGGUCCAACUACAGCCAGCUGGAUGAAGUGGAUAUGGGAAUGACAUAUGAAGAACUUUCAGUUUAUGGAAGAAUGCGAAAGAUUUUCCGCUGCGGGCCUGUAUCCAUGUUCAAGAAUCUCUGCUAUAAGUGGGGUGGAAGAUUGAGUCCAUCAGAGGUGGCUGACAAAGUGAAACACUUCUUCAAAUACUACGCCAUAAAUAGACACAAAAUGACCGUGUUGACACCCUCCUACCAUGCCGAGAGUUAUUCGCCUGAGGACAACCGGUUUGAUCUUUGCCAAUUUCUGUACAAUACAAGAUGGCCAUACCAAUUUCGCAAGAUCGACGACCUUGUUCAUGAUUUUGAUGGUGGAAAACCCGAUCUUACAAAAUCAACGAACCUGGAAAUUUCUGACUCUGCAUCACAUGUUGGCAUAGGAGUUGUUGCUGCAGGAUCAGGUGAUCCAAAUGCUGGACUAUAGUGCUGAAUACAUGAC